UUUUGAGGGUCUGGAAUUGGAAAGUUUGGAAUUGAAAAGUUUGGAACUGGAAGGUUUAGGAUUGGAAAGUUUGGAAGAGUUGGGAGGGUUGGAAGGCUCUGAAGGCUUCGAAGGACUUUAAUGUUCUCUUGGUUUGUGGGAUGGCUUGCUCUCAUGUACUGUAGUUUCCAAGCUCUACCACGUUUUACCAGGUUGGAGAACCCGUCGGUCGAGCUUGUCCGCAAGGACUCGCUCCUGAGGGUGAGCUCGCCUGGUGAAGGGUUGGCCACUGCUAGCGAACUAAGUUCACAAGAUGCUGUAGCCACCAGAGUGUACCGUGAGAAUGGAUCGAACUGGUUGCUGAGUACAAAUACAUCGCAGGAUCGUGCUAGGGAGCGGCAUAUUGGUGUGAUGUGAUUGGAGGCUGCUUGUGGCGGUGCGUGUUGGUGGGAUGUGAUUGGAGUUGGUGGGAUGUGAUUGGAAUUGGCGUGAUAUGGUUGGAAUUGGCGUGAU